GCUAUGUGGAUUACUUGUCAUUGACAAUCCUUACCUCUAAGGUUGAAGUUGAUAAAGCAUCCACUUCCCAUCCUAUCACGGCACUUGACUAUCGGAGGUGUUGACCUAUCAGUCACCAUCGAUGUGGCACUCCGCCUCAACCUACCUCUAAAGGUUCAGCGUAUCCUGAGUUCCUUAGAUGGUGCAUUUGCGGUCGAAUGAUGUGGUUUUGCUCUGCCCUGGACUGCUUGGCUGUGCCCAUGGACCUUAAAAGACCAUGUCUCCCCCUCAGUAUAGUUCGGUUGUCCAACUUCGGCUUUGCAUCGUCGAUUGCAUCAAUACGAAUCGAUAGACUAGCUGCUCAGUAUGACUAUGCUGCCGCAUCCCCUUGAUCCAUUGUCACCGGCAGAGAUAUCGCUGGCUGUGCGUCAUCUGAAAAAUGCAUAUCCGAGCGAUAAACUCGUCUUCAGGGUAGUCACCCUUUUGGAGCCUCCCAAAGCUCAGAUGAUACCGUAUCUAGAAGCAGAGCGUUCUGGAAAAUGGGACGUUACUGCUCCAAAGCGGAGUGCGUUCGUUCAAUUCUACAAGAACGCACCAGCAGAUUUUCGCGAGGUUCAUCUUGAAUUGGACACAGGCAAGGUUACAAAAGAGAAAGACCUCGCGGGAAGACAUUCAUAUGUCGACACGGAGGAGAUGCAGGCUGCUGAGGAUGCUUGCAUUGCCUCGGCCAAGGUGCAGGAGGCAGUUCGUUUGCUGGAACUCCCCGAGGAGGCUGUCGUGUGUAUUGAGCCUUGGACGUAUGGGACGGACGGCAUGAACGAUAUGUCGGAGAGAAUUAUCAUGUGCUACUUCUAUAUGCGUCUUGGGAACCACGGUGAUGCGAACCAUUACGCGUAUCCGUUAGACAUCUGCGUGGAGAUGUCGGGCGAUCUCACGGUUAAACGAGUUCUUUCACUGCCUUCGGGUGAGCACGACAGAACCGGGGUUGCCAGUGAGAUCGGUGUCAAGCCGUUUGAUCGGAACAAGAUCCACCGUACCAGCGAAUAUCAUCCCGAUCUUGUCACCGAGAGGCGAACUACAACUAAGCCAUACCAGGUCGUCCAGCCAGAUGGGCCUUCGUUUCAGGUCCACGGGAAUCUGCUCACAUGGGAGAAGUGGCGGAUGAGAGUUGGCUUCAACUAUCGGGAGGGCUUGACUCUCCACGAUAUUACCUAUGAUGGUCGGAGCGUUUUCUACAGACUCUCCCUGUCCGAGAUGUUCGUACCGUAUGGCGACAGUCGUGCCCCAUAUCCGCGCAAGGCUGCUUUCGACCUGGGGUCGAACUUGGCCGGUGUGAACUCAAAUAACCUCAAGCUGGGGUGCGAUUGCUUAGGCUAUAUCAAGUACUUUGAUGGAUACCAUCACACCUCUGCUGGUGACCCGAUAGUCCUACCGAAUGUAGUUUGCUGCCACGAAAUUGAUGACGGUAUACUGUGGAAGCACACCAACUAUCGGACGCAGAAUGCUGUCGUAACAAGGUCGCGCGUCCUUGUGUUGCAGACGAUCAUUACAGUCGGGAACUACGAGUACAUAUUUGCCUUUCACUUCACUCAAGAUGCGUCGGUCAACUACGAGGUUCGUGCAACAGGCAUUCUAUCCACGGCACCCAUCAACUUGGGCCAGACAGUGCCAUAUGGAACCAUCGUGGCCCCCGGGGUCAUGGCGCCGUACCAUCAGCACCUCUUUUCUCUGCGAAUCGACCCAGCUAUUGACGGGCGCAGAAACUCCCUGAUGGUCGAGGAAUCCCACGCAAUGCCCUUCAACGACCCCAGCGUUCAUAACCCUUUCGGAGUGGGAUACACAACCGUGAACCACAUCGUUGAGUCCGAAACACCCCUGGAUCUCGACGUCACCAAAGGACGAGUGUUCAAGAUCAUUAACGAGAAUGUCAAGAACCCCAUGUCCGGGGGACCAGUCGGAUACAAGCUUGUGCCGCACUACUCGCAAAUGGUACUGGCGCACCCGUCAUCCUACCACUUCAAGCGCUCUGAAUUUGCCGAGCACGCUAUCUGGGUGACCAGAUACAGCGAUGAGGAGCGUUACAGCGCAGGCGAGCACACGAUGCAGUCACUGGGAGGAGAGGGCAUCGCUUCCUGGAUCCGAUCGCGACUGGCGCCAGUCAGCGUGCGCAACGAGGAUAUUGUGGUCUGGCACACAUUCGGCACGACACAUAACCCCCGUGUUGAGGACUGGCCCGUCAUGCCGGCGGAGAAAAUGACAGUCUCGUUGAAACCGGUCAAUUUCUUCUGGAAGAACCCUGCAUUGGACGUACACGUCAGCUCGCAGGAGGAUAACAAGAGUGUUUUGGUGCAGGACCAGGACCAGGAUAAGGAUCGUAGGGGUGUCCAGGCAGAUGCUUGUUGCAAACUUUAAGAAGCUGACACAGUGUAGGUGCGACGAAGUGAUCGCCCUAAUCAUUGAGACCGAAGCGGUAAUCUUGAUCUAAAAGAAUGUCCACCUAUCUGCAGUGCAACCAUGGAACAUCUCAUAGGGCUGAGAUCCGCUCCCGGACUUCGCCGUUUGCUUUGCAUACCUUUGGAUGUCAGCGGUCAGCCCUUAUCUAAUCGUACUGUAUUUCGUGAACCGGUAGAUCCGGAAGUGGUACUCUGUGGAUAGAGUACGGAACUCUUCGCAACCGCCGAGUGGAUUAAGAGUUGCCGCUGACAUAACCAUGGAUCAAUAUUAACUAUCUGAAUUGUCC